AUGGAUAUUGAUUCGCCAAAUCAAGAAAAUGUUGGUAUUUGCACCAAGUGGUGCAACAAGCUCAAUGAUUUUCCAAGAAAGUCUAAAAAGAAAGUUGGAGAAAUUGCUAAGAACACAAAGCAAAUUGGCAGUGAUGAUCCAAGAAAAAUUUGGCAUGCAUUUAAAGUGGGACUAGCUCUUAGUUUAGUCUCAUUGUUCUACUAUACAAAUCCCCUAUUUGAUAACUUUGAUCAACCAGCAAUGUGGGCUAUCCUCACUGUAGUUGUCGUUUUUGAAUUCAGUGCUGGUGCAACUAUAUCAAAGAGCAUCAACAGAGGAUUUGGUACAGCACUAGCUGGUGCAUUGGGUCUUGGAGCUAAAUAUUUAGCUGAAUUGAUCGGGAAAGAACGGCCAGAUCCUGUAGUUCUUGAGGUUUUGGUCUUCAUUGUAGGUGUUUUAGGGACCUUUACCAGAUUUUACCCCCAUAUUAAGAGGAGGUAUGACUAUGGAACCAUGAUAUUUGUCUUGACCUUCAGCUUGGUUGCCGUCUCCAGUUACCGGACUGAGGAUCUUUUUCAGUUGGCUCACCGCCGGAUAUCCACCAUUCUUAUCGGCGUCUCCACUGUCAUGAUCAUCUCCAUGUUUAUUCGUCCUGUGUGGGCUGGAGACGAUCUUCAUAAGCUUGGUAGUACAAAUCUUGAAAAGUUAGCAAGCUUCUUGGAAGGUUUUGGAAGUGAAUAUUUUCACAAUUCUGAAAUAGAGAGUACUGAAGGUACCAAGAACAAUGAAAAGGGAUUUCUUGAAGGCUGUUCAAGUGUUCUUGGUUCAAAGGGCAAUGAGGAAUCUUUGGCAAAAUUAGCAUGGUGGGAGCCCCCUCAUGGAUAUUUCAGGCUCGGUUAUCCAUGGAAACUAUACUUGAAGAUUGGUGGCCGUGUUAGAAAAUGUGCUAGCCAUCUUCAAGCUCUUAGUGGCCAUUUAAACUCUAGAUCUCAGUCACCAACCGAAUUUGAGAGGAAAACAGAAGAAGCAUGCAAAAGAAUGAUCACGGAAUCUAGCAAAGCCUUGAAGGAACUUGCCUUGUCAAUUGAAACCAUGACACAACCUUUUUAUUGCGUAAUCCACAUUCGUAAUGCAAGAAAUGCCAUUGAUGACCUAAAACAAACACUAGGCACCUCAAAAUUGUUCUUCCGACACGACGAAUCGCACGUGAUGGACUUCGUUCCGUCCGCAUCCGUCGUGUCAAUACUCGUCGAUGUCGUUAAGUGCAUCGACGAAAUCUACGAGGCCGUAGAGGAGCUUUCGGUCAAAGCACGUUUCGUGAGGCCUAGAAGGAGAGAGAGGAGGAGGAGGAGAGAUUCGUGUUCGACCGAAGCGGCCGGGGAGAGAUCGCCCCCACCACAACCUCGAUCGCGCGGAUCGCAGAUACUGCACCGUGGGAUCGUGAAUCCUAUCGUGGAGGAUGAUGAAUUGGAGGGAGGUGAUUUUGUUACGAUCGAGAUAGGUGACAAUGUAGAAUCAAGAGAGAGAGUGGUAGUGGAGGAAGGAGAGGAGAAUCGAGUGAAUAAUCCAAUAAAUGCGAGUAAGGGAGAAUGUGUUGUUAUUGGGAUACGUGGAAGCACUAAAACUGCAAUAGUGGAAGAGAAGAAAGGAGAAUUUACAAACUUAGCCGAUACAAAGUUUUAUGAUAGCAACACUCAAAUUCUCAAAUCUGCAUUGGUGACUGCGACAGCAAUAGUGGAAGAGAUGAAAACGGCAAAGAAGAAAGGAGAAGAGACAAAGUUGGAUGAUAGCACUUUAUUUUUUGAACCAAAUGCUAUUGGGGUGAAAUACGCAGGGAGAAAAGGAUUAUCGGAAAUAGAGUAUUGUAAAUAAUUCCAAAUGAAAGUGUAAAAAGAAAAAAUAAGGAUAGGAGAGAGUAAGGAGUGAAAUUUGUUCCAGUAGUUUUAUUUCACUCCUAGAGUUACUAAAUAAGAGAACUUAGAUGGUAACUUCCUUUCAAUAUUUUGUAUAUGUAAUUAAUAGUACAAGUUUGUUUUUGUUUUUGUUUUUUUGGGUCUGAGGUAAUAGUAGAAGUUUUUUUUUUUUUUUUUUUUUUGGUCCGAUAUAAUAGUGCAAGUUACUUUUUAUGCGCUAAAAAUUCUCUUCUUUUUUAUCUCCUUCUCCCUUUUUAGAAUGUUAAAGUUCUCUAUAAUUAGUUGUUUUUUUGCAAUAAUUCGUAUACAAAAUCUAAAUUGAAAGCGUGAUUUGAAAGUAACAACUAAAGAUAAGGAGAACAUGAAGAAUUUAAUCAUGACUUAAUUUUAUUAGAGUGGGAAACUUUUAGAUAAUAAUCAAGGUUAAAAAAAAAUUAAUUAAGUUGCAAACAUCAUUGCCUUGAAAAAAAAAAGUUAUCGAAC